GAUUUCCUAGACGCCUAGGGAAUCAAUAGAGCUAGAACUAACUUGUUGGAAGGUGUGGUGACACAAGCUAAGAUACCUAACCGUCCGUGCAAGGGAACAAAGGGAUUAGAUAAGUGGGUAAAGCGAGACAAGCGGGCAUCCGCUAUCCGCAGCCAACAGUCAACACCUGAACAGCUACAAGCAUACUAUUGCUACAGGUGCAUUUCUGCGGCAUGCCCUAUGAAUACCUACCUAGGUACACUGUUACAUAUCGCUGUAAGGCUUGCACUACAAGAUCAUUGUACAGCCCAGGUUGUUAGUCUGAGGUGUAGGAGUAAGAUAGGGUGGAUGGUCAAUAUAGUACCAGGGUAGGCUACUUAGCGGGCAAGCGAGGAGAAAAGACUGCCGUACCAAGCCGAGGGAGGCGUCGCAAUUUGCGCAACGCAAAAUUAAUCCAACCAUCACCUGUACCGUUACGAUGCUAGCAUCACAAAGCCUGCAGCGCACAGUCGCAAAUCGCACCCGACUGGUGAAACUUCGCAGUGCCUGUAAUCAAUGUUGCGCUGCCAAGGUCAAAUGCUCCGGCGAAAAGUCUGGCUGCGAACGAUGUCGCAAUACAAGCACGCAGUGUAUAUACCUUGAGUCUAGAGUGGGUAAAGUCCCAGGGAUUAGAGCGAAAAAGAAGCCGAUCAAAGAUCAUGAAAUUCAGCGAUUGCAGAGUAUGGUGACUUACUCUGAGGAACGCCCUUUGUCCCCCCAAGGCGAGUUAGCGGACCUUGAUCUCCAAGAUCAAACACAGAAUGAGAGCACGGAAUGGUCUAUAUCGGAUUGGGAGCUCCAACCUUCAGAUACUAUUGCCAUGAUUUCCCCGGAUGGUUCUUCCAACACAGAAAUCGUCCAGCACAGCAACGCCGGGGCUACCACUAACUCCGAAACCAUAACGCCUUUUACUAAUGACACCGAAAUCAACAUCCCUUCUAUAAACGUAAAUAUUGAAGAGUGUUUGGCGCCGUGUCCUAGAAUUCCUCUUCCGAUCGACUCAUCUGAAGAAGUAGCAUCUACCCCUCAAUUGCAGAUGUCACUCGGGCUACGACCAAGGAGUGAAAUAGACAGCCAAUGUUGCUUAGAAAGUUGUCAGAUCAUUAGCGACCUCGAAAACUACAUCAUGGCGGACUUAAAAGCUUCCAAAAUCAUCCUCGGGGUCGUCAAAAACGCGAUCUCGAGGCUAAUCCAGCUGCUGCGUCUUCAACGGAACUCGAGGAAUCCCAGGUGCUUGAUGUUACUCACCACACUCAUGUAUCAGAUCUUAGAGCUGCUUGAGGUCUGCAUGUGUGCCAUCGCAGCGGACAAGGAUAAACAUCGUGACCGAAUCCUGCCUGAGGGUAUUGGUUUUGGACUCGAAGGUUCCUCGAUUAAUCCGGAGGAACAGUCGGCAUUUCAAACACAAGCAGUACUCAAAGAAGUAAAGCAAGCUACCGAAGCUCUCGGUAUGCUGGAUACUCUCGCUAGAGCAGGGCCAAUUUUGGACUCCGGAGGCGGCCCAGAUUCAGCCCGAGGCAAAGCACGAGGCGACUGCCAGAUGGAUCUUGACCAUCGAUUAAAGGAUCUUGCUGCUCGGUGUACAAGGAAGGAAUAGCUACCUAGGUAUCCGUCAGGUACUCAUGUAGGGGUCAUCCACACACGCGGGCACGGAGAAAAGAGGUGAAAGAUACAUUCUACACUUAGACCUGGUGCAACUGUGGCUGCCCUACUGUUCGUAUCAGAAUUGUAUAACAAAAUACAGCUUAUAUGGAAACUGUAUCUAUUUAUGGAUUACAUUUGCCAUCCUUGCCGUGUACGAAAGCGCCACAAAUUCUCAGCUAGUUUAAAUAUAUCUUAGUACUGACAGUCGACGCUACGUCACAAGCCACAUCGGUGGGAUCGUCCCAUCGUAAGCGAUGUGGAUUUGUGUGAUUGUCCAUAACGGAUACGGGGCAACUAUAAAAUCAUUACCUCUUCCUACGAAUACACCAAACAUAUUCUCGAGUGUUACCAAGGCUGUGCUGAUACGCGGACAAUUUCGUCGUAAGAUCGUGGAGUCAGGGGCUGGUUAGAUCGAAGCU